AUGGGGCGAGUACCCCCUUCCGGCUUAGCGAGGGCGAUGAGUCGAGAUGCAGUGAGUAAGGAGCACACCUCCACGGGGAGUGGCCCUUGGAGAAUGGUGCUAACGAGAGCAUGGAGAUGGGUGGUAACAGCUGCGUUGACGAUGGUCGCAUCCCUGAGAUGCGGCUCGGGGAGGUGUUGCAACAUUGGCUCGACUCUCAGCUCCUGGGGCAGCGUCCCCUUCAUCCCCACCACUUCCUUCUGUGGUAGAUUCCACUGCUGGCUGGGCGAUAAAGCCUCACCGCCCGCUGGAAGCCGUUCUCCCGACCUCGCCCUCUCCCCGCCGCUCUCCGUCGCCCGCCUCGGCCACCUCGCGAAGCCUGUGGCUGUUGGUGGCGGAUCCCCAGUGCCGUAUUCGCCGCGGCCCUUUGGCGUGGCGUUGGCUGCGCUUGCAUCGCCGGCGCUGUCGGCUCCGGUGGCUCCUGUUGCCGCGAUGUCAGCCGCGGGGUCUCCUGCUCACGCGAGCUCCACGGUAGUCGACUCUGGACGAGAGUCGGCGGGUGUGGCCGUCCAACCGCGCGUGGCGGCGCCGGCGCCUGUGCCUGCCUUCGUUCUGGUGCCUGCGGCUGACGUGGCGCCUCUCCCUGCUCCUGGCGCGGCGCCCUCUCCCGCGCCUCACGUUCCGGUGUUGCCGUCACCUGCUGAGACGGCGGCUGUUGCUGGAGUGGCACCUGCGUCUGGCGUGGCGCCUCCUCCUGUGCCUGUGGGGCUGCCUGUGGUGUCUCCUGCUGCGUCCCUUGGUGCACCGGGCGGGGAGUCUGCCCCUCCUCUCCCCGCGGCUUCCGCGUCUGCCCCUGCCCUUCCUCCGGCUGUGCAGCAGGGUAACUCCCGUCCGCAUUCGCCCUCCCCCCAAGAUGAGCGGGGUGUGUCUCGUCGACGGCGUGAUUCCCCUCGCCGACGGCAGCCGCAGGCGAACUGGCAUGCGCACCAGGGUGGUUGGAGGGGAGGUCGCGGUCGCGGGCGUGGCGGGUGGCUGGACGCGCCAGCAACAAUCGCGGACGUGCGGCAGAUUGUGACUGAUGCGUUUCGCGACGGUCAGGCCGGCCCGGCGAGUCAGAACAGCUCGCGACGUGCAGCUCCCGCGCCAUCUGCUCCCCUUCCGGUGGCUCGCCCCGUGGUUGCCCCGACGCCCGCGGUGUCAAUGCCGUCACCCUCGGCCCCUGCUCGUGGUGGUGGGUCUGGACUUCCUCAACUACAGCUCCCUUCUCUGGCGGAGGAGCUCCUUCCCCCGCGCGCCGAGGUUCCGGAGGCGACGCUCGGCCAGUUAUGGAGGCUCUCAGAGAGCCUCCGUGCGCUCCUGCUUGUGCAGUCGCUGGCGCACGGGUCUCUUCCGCCUGUUCCGGCGGAAUCUCUGCUUGACGGCCCGCGGGACGAUUGUCUUGACGCGGCCGACCAAGUUGCCCUCCUCCUAGCGCCUGUGUUGGCCGCGCCCGUGCGGGGAGGCGUUGGGGCUGUGGGGCAAUUGGACGCGGCUGUGCGGGACUUACGGAGGUACCUGCGGGCAGAUUCCGGAGCCGACGCGAUUGGCGCCACCAUUCUGGUGGUCCGCUCGGUGUGGCAGACGAUGACGGGCAUUCUGCAUGCCCUGCAGGCGGAUCGGAUGUAG